AUGUCAUAAUAAGAGGAAAUUUAGCAAUAACCUCAAAUAAAGCCAUCUCCUGAUUGCAUCGAAUUCAAACUUAAUUUUUAUCAUCUUCACGGCAUCUAAAAUUGCCCUUUCUGUAAUAAACCACAGGAAUAAUAAUAGAUUCCAAAGGAGCUUACUAAUAAAGAAAUUGAAGAAUAUGAAGCUAAUGUACUUCAAAAACAAAAAGAUGUAUUGAAUUCCCUUAAUACAACCAGCUAUUAUUGAUAUCGAUCCUGAGGACCCUGAUU